AUGUCUUCAUUCACUCAGCCAGUGCCAGUAGUUGCCUGCGGCAGAAUACCCACGAUGGGGAAAUCAAUCUCCCAGCACCUACUGCCGGAAUACCAAGUCAUCCACUUCAUCCUGUCAUAUGAGGCUGCAGAGGCUGAGCUCCCGCAUCUGCUUGCAGGUCGCGAUCCUCAGUCUCGGAGUCCCAAUGAAAUCGGAACCCACGAUUACAGCCAGCCUCCUCGCGCGGUAAUCUUCGGUCGCGGCUAUGAGCCUCAGCAGGUUGAAGAACUUAAGAAGAAAUUCGCGGGUGUUCCCAAAGAACCUGUUGCUUGGGUGAGGGGGAACCCAGCGGACUUGCCUGCCGGGGCCGCUGGGCCUGAGUAUGCUCAGAAUGUCGCGGCGGAUAUGAAGAAGGGCCGAUAUCAAGGAUAUUUAACAUUUAGAACAAUUAGAACGCGGGUUAAUUUACCGCGGCCACGGACCCGCUCUCUCUUUCGGCAAAUAGGAAAGACCCUGGAAUUAUAUACUCCACCUCGCAAGAUGGAUCGAAAAUUAUAUAAAGGCUGUCUUUUGGAAAUUGUACUGGUGCGCCUUUCCGAACUUGGCACACUUAAUAGCAUCCAAUCCAUGUUUACUUUAAUUCACCAAUCACAUGGAAAUGAGAGUGAUACUGUUAGUUCUUCGAGCCAGAAUGUUGCCAAUGUUGCAAUCAGCUACGGGCAGAAUGAGUGGCUCGAGAUACCCCUAGGCGAGGGCGAAACAAACAGAGUCGGUGAUCACACCACUCAACUCGAUGCCGAGGCUGAGGCCGAGAUGACGGCCAAGAUGCAGCACAGGAAGAUUCAAAACCGGAAGAACCAAAGAGCACGCCGACAACGCGGUAGCAUCCGAAGGCGCAACCGUCAUGUACAGCUCCCCUGCACGGUCUCACGUUCACGACUCACGCCCCUCACGAUCACUGUCUCCGAUCCUAAACCUACGUGGGCCCUGCCCCGCUGCGAGGGGGAUGAUGAGGGUGAGGUAACUGCGGGGCACAAGGGACUCAUUGUUUGGGGCGAGCCAUACGACAUGCAGAACUGGGAGGCCACCCCCGGCUUCCUUGCCAAGUGGUCGUGGGCCGUGGAUGGAUGCCACGAUCUGGUUGAAUGUAGUAACCGCUGGAGGCGGAUGAGAGGAGAGGAGCCUAUUCGUCUCGCUGAAUCAUUGGAAGGAAGCAGGCCAUGGAGAUGCAGGCUUGCCACUUAA